AUGGCCGACAGACGAAGAAGAAGGCGAAGAGAAGAUGAAGCCGAAGAUGACGAAACUGAAAAGAUAGUUACCGUAGAUGGCAAAACUUCUACAGUUCGACGUUCAGAAUGUGAAAGUGAAGAUGAAGGUGUUACACCUGAUGGAAAGACUGAGCCAAAGACUGGAACCGAGGAGUCCAAGACUAAGGACGCAGCUGACAAUGAAGAAGAGGAGGAAGAAGAAAGUGAAGAGGACAGUGAAGAAGAAGAAACCGAUGAAGAUGAUGACGACGACGAUGAUGAUGAAGAGGAGGGGGAGGAAGAGUAUGAUGUGGAUGUAAUCAUUGAAGACGAUGCAAGCUGGGUCGAAGAAGAACGCCAGAGUGGAGACGGCGAGGAGCAGAAGGAUCAACAAAAAGAACUAGAUGACGAUGAAGAUCGAAAGAACCCGGCAUUUAUUCCGAGAAAAGGAGCGUUUUACGAACACGACACACGCAUGGGGGCGCAGGAGAAAGAGAUGGAAGAACAAGGAACCAAGAAGAUGCUGUGGAAGGAGAACGACCGGUGGAUACACGAUCGCUUCCAGCAGGACGAACAGGCGCCAAAGUCUCGCGACGAGCUCAUAGCUCUCUACGGCUACGAUAUCCGCGCCGGCGACAAACCCCCCGACAGGGGCCCCUCAUUCAGAGGUCAAGGUCGACGGGGCAGAAGACCAUAUAGAAGGUCAGAGCUUGGUGAUUUUGUGGACAAAAAUUCGAGAAACUAUAGCUACAACAACAAAAAUCAGCCACAAGAGAUUACCGAGACGGAUUAUCGCCCAACACAGAAAUAUCGUUCAUACGACAACAAGCCCUCGGACUACAGACUACAGAACCAAGACAAUGAUGAUCACGAGGAUCAAAGGUCUGUUGGUAGCAAGACAUUUGACGUACGAAGUCAGUUUGAUCGUUUUCAACAACAGAGGAAUUUAGUUGACAAAGUGGCCAAGGGGAGCCACAGUGAUUCAAGGGUGAACCAGUCAGAUUCAAAGGUGAACCAAUCAGAUUCAAGGGUGAACCAGUCCGAUUCAAGGGCAGACCACACCGAUUCAAGGGCAGACCACUCCGAUUCAAGGGCAGACCACUCUGAUUCAAGGGCAAGGCACUCGGACUCGCUAUCACAGGAUGUGCGGAAUCAAGACUUUCGUGAGAAUCAGUCGGAGCCAAGAGAUACCGGUUAUCAGAAUCGACAAAAUGCGAGGAUCGGUCCACGGAAUCAGUCGGAGAAUCAAGAUUAUCGCAAAGAAUCAAACUGGAGGGCUCCGUAUAAAAAUCAGUAUGAUAGAGAAUUGAGAAAUCAACCAGACAGACGUGAUAUCCAGCGUACGAACUACCAGUCGGAAUACACAGACAGAAGAAAUGACGACUACCGCGGACGUGGCCGGAAUGCAAGGCGUGGUAGAGGAGGGAGCUCGCGUGCCGAAAUCGCUCCGCGUUACAAUCGCAUGCAGAACGCAGCUUCGGUGCAGAGCUACACAUCCAGUGAAGCCCCACAGCACGAGUUUAUCAACUCGACGUACCAGAAUACCGACGAAGAAAAGCAGGUUGCCACAGAUACGGAGGUACACGAGACGUCCGAGAGCCAGGACGUGAUCAUCUCGAACAAAGAUCGGAUGAUUAGCGUCACAAUCACGAACACUACCACGGAGAAGAAGUACAUGAAAGAGAGACACGGAAAGUACAUCGGCGUCACACGAUCCCAGGACUCCGUUGACAUCGGGAUGGCCAAGAUCGGGGGCGGGGAUGGAAUUGAGAAGAAAACGGCAUCAAAUGUGCAAGGCCCACCUGAAGCACCUGUUGAACGGAAGACAAUUCCUGCUCUGUCUGUCGUCGCUAAGACAGAAAGUGGCCAACAGAUCAGACCCAAACGUUACUCCUCACAGAGGCAGCGGACCGCCCCUGAUUCCGCAUACACCGAGAACAUCCCUGCCGAAUCUGGCAGCACGUAUUACAAUCCAGGUACAGCUUACCCUCCCUCCCCUGCGUUCCACCCUGAGAGAGUACCACCGGUGACAGGUCAAGUGUUUCAGCACCCAGAGAGAGCCCCCCCUGCUCCAGCCCCUGUGUUCCAGCACCCUCCGGAUCGGGUUCCGCCAUCACCAGCCACUGUGUUCCAGCACUCACCAGAGAGAGUUCCUCCAGCACCCCCUGUUUACCACCCUGACCGAGUGCCAGUGUCGGCACCAGAGGGAGCCUUUCAGGCAACAAUACUGCAACCCCCAUUGGCCUUCACUUUACCAGUUUCUACACCCGGCUUGUCAUCGCCACCCCGUAUCUUCCCGCCCAACGUGCGCGCCCCCGUGUCCAUCGCAGCGCCCACACGGCUGAUAGCACCGCAGUACCUGACAGGAGGUAUGGUGUACGGGUCACCCCCGCCACCCCCUGGACAGUACCAGAUGCCGGUGGCAUUCCCGUCACCCCCAACAGGGCCACCCCCACCGGCCCCCGCUCCAGUACAGACCACUACAGUGCAGGGCCCCCGUUCGUCUGGCCCUCCUGGCAGUGCGGGUCCAGAGCUGUACCGCGGGGGAACGACGUACUAUGCGCCAGAAUUACAGCGUGCUAGCCGUAGACGAUCUCCAACCAGACGACCCAAGCUGGCCAUCCCAAUAGUGAAGCCAGAGGUAACUGGUGUUAUGUUUUUGAAGGACCGUCCGAGGGGCUCCAAGAACGAGGAAGAAGCACAGCUGAAGGACUCCGAGGAAGGUGGUCAGCAGGAGUGGAACCAGUACGGUGAGGAGAUCGCUCAUGGAGGAGGCAGGGUGGACUCUGGAGGCGGGGGGGACUCUGAAUCCCAGCCCGAGUACAUCGUCGAUGACAUGGCGGAGCAGCACGGGUGGACGCUGGACAGCGAGGACCAACAUGACACGUCCAGUGACAGCAUCACCACCAGCCUCCCCAACAUGGCCGGGGACACCCUCGCCACGUCCGGGAACAUCGGCUUCACGACACCGGACAGUACCCUGACUUGUAGUGAUACUCGCACUUGUGAUACGGCCAGACUGGUGGAGAAUAGCAGCAACAGUGCCGUAAGAUUGGACAGUAAUAACUCGUGUGCGGCAGGAGCGGAAAGUGGACAUAAAGAAGGUGGUGACGAUGUGAAGAGUGAUACGACGAAGAGUAAAGCAAUUGAGGUUGACGAUCUUACAGGAAGAAAUGAUUUAGGUUCUGACGGGUCGUCUCGUAGACUGAAUGACGACGAAAUCCAGGUUCACAGUACAAGCUCAAUGAAUGAGAGUGGAAAUGAGGUUGAGAAAACAAACAUAUCAGACCAGGUUUCUUCUCUUGAAUCUCCAAAUGUUUGUGGUUCAUCUGUGAGUGAUGGGCCAUUAGAUACAGUCGUUGUCUCGGAGGAAAGAAAAGUCGGUGACAACAAUGUAAAAGAAGAAAAUAGGAUUGGUAAUUCUACUCAAAGUUCCACAAUGGAUCAUAGUGACAUCCAAACAGAGACGACUGAAAAUGAUGUGGUGAAAAGUGUUUGUCACCCCGCAGUGCAACAGGAACUAGAAAAUAACGAUGGAACGGGUAUAGAAAGUGAUAUGUCACCAGAUCAACAAACUGAAAAUGUGUCCAGUGAUCUGCUUUCAAGUCAUCGUGAAGAAAAGCAAAACAGUUGUGUUUCACAAACCGACACCACCAGUGCUAACUCCAUAGAUAACGAACAACAACCACAAGAAGUGUGUCAAAGGAACAUAACUUGUGAUGAACAAGGGGAUAUAACUAGUCAAAGGGACAUAACUUGUGAGAUCAUUAGUAAAGAAAAUGACAUCAGCAAUCCUAAAAAAGUAAUUUGUGUUAAACAGGAAGAGGUCACGUGUACUAAUCAAGGGGAGGUAACUUGUUCAGAUCAGGGUGAGGUGAAGAGUCGUUUGUGCUCCAACGUGAAAGAGGAACAGAAUCAUCGGGCUCCUGUGGUGCAUGAAUUUGUUGUGAAGAGACAGUUGAAAGUAGAGGACUGCAAGCCAUCUGUUCGUGAAUUUGAAAUGCCCUCAGCUUCUGAAAUUAAAACAACCCCAAGUUUUGCUAUUGAGCAACAAACCUCUACGAAAAAUAAAUUAAUCUCCGCAGAAAACAUAAAGAUUGAAAACGUUUCUUCACAAUGAAACAUUUUAUAAUACGAUCAUGAUUAAUGCACAGGGUUUUUUUUUUUUUUUUUUUUUUUUAAAGAUUUUCAAUAUUCUUUGCUUAAAAGUAUGUGGUGUUUGCGAUUAUUCGCUUAGUGUUGGAGUGAUUUUGUUUUAUGAAGCAGGGAGGAGUUGACUUUUGUUACUGACUAUGUUUGUACUGAUAUUACCGUAUAUCGCUGUGUAUUAGCCGACUCCAUGCAUUAGCCGACCCCCUAGUUUCACCCUCCAAAUCGGCUUUAAAAUUAUCGACCUUGUAUAUAAGCCGACCCCCCUAUAUAAAACUAACC